AUGACUAAAUUUGCUCAAGAGUUCUAUGAUGCAAACAACCUCUCUCAUAUGAGCCAUGGUCGUCAGCCUAGUUCUCGAGUUCUGUCUCAAGUCUGGAGGCCUCCGGUAGCAGGUAUUUACAAAAUAAAUGUAGAUGGGGCAAUCAAAUCUGGAGAUUCUGUCCGUGGGGUUGGGGUGGUCGUCAGAAAUGAGAAAGGGGAGUUCAUGGCAGCAUGUGUUAGGCGGCUCCAAGCCAGUUAUGGGGCUAGGCAAACGGAGCUUAUGGCGGCAAUAGAGGGACUACGUUUUGCUAUUGAUAUGGGCUUUACUGAUGCUAUUCUGGAAAUGGACGCACAAGACUGCAUUAAUAGUAUUCUUUCAACAGAGGAAUGCAAUGGAAUAUAUGCUCCUUUGAUUGAGGAAGUGAACAAUCUACUUAAAAUGUUUAGAGCCGUCGUAUGUCAAUGGACUCCAAGAGGCGGUAAUAAGGUGGCACACACUUUGGCUCAGUUUGCAAUUCAUUGUAAUGAUUUUGUUACUUGGAUCGAGGAAGCACCAAUAUGGUUGCUCCCUGUUCUUGAAGCUGAUGUACUUGCUUUCGAGUGUUGA